CUCUCCUUCCUUACCCUUUCCAUCACCCAACGGCCGUCACCACCCUCCCCUCCCCCUUCCCCCUUCCCCCUUCCCCGAUCCCACAUUUCCUCUCCAAAACCCCAUUAUUCCCAUCGUUUGAUACCUCUCCUUCCACCAAUCGGCCUCCAAUUCGAUCAUCCUUCGAUCGAACAAGACUUUUGAUCUCAAUUCUUUGCUUCCCCCAGCCAACCCCCUCUUUGUAUCGUUGAAAAAUCCACCACGGAUUCGUAACAAUCGAAUUGGGAUCCAAACCAUGCCAUUCGCACAACCUUGCCGCGGCCCCACCGCCGACGCCGGCGGCUACCACCACAGUUACCACCGAUCCGCUUUCAACCGGUCCGCCGCCGUCCCCAAUCUCGCCCACUAUCCUCACAAGGAUUUCUCCUAUAGAAACCACCAAGAUUACGCCUUUAGCGAUGCUGCCGCCUACGCCGGCGCGCCGCCUCCUCUGAAGAGGAGGAGGUCCUACGUCUCCAUGUGGGAUGAGCAUGCCGGGAACCGGGACCGGAAUGGAGUAACUGGCAGUAAUGGCCUGUCGACGAGUCAUGGUUCUUUUAUGCAGCCGAGGAGGCGUGAUGACGGUGCUGUUCUGGCUCGCAGGCAUGAAAUGCCUGCGAAAAUGGAAGAGGGUGGGGCAUUCAUGUCGAGGGGUGAGAUCGAGAGGUGCUCACCAUCCAGAAAGGAUGGAAUAGAUCCUGUUCUUGAAACGCACCUGCGAUACUCGUACUGCUCCUAUCUUCAGAGCCUUGGAAUGAGGCUCGAGCUGCCUCAGACUACAAUCGGAACUGCAAUGGUGCUCUGCCACCGCUUCUUUCUUCGUAGAUCUCAUGCUUGUCAUGAUAGAUUUUUGAUUGCUACAGCAGCUCUGUUCCUAGCUGCAAAGUCUGAGGAAACACCUUGUCUUUUGAACAGCAUGCUACGGGCAUCCUGUGAAAUUUCUCAGAAACAGGAGUUUGCUUUCUUUCCUUAUUUGCUGCACAGUCAGGACUGGUUUGAACAAUACCGUGAGAAAGUUAUUGAGACUGAACAAAUGAUACUGACAACUCUGGAUUUCGAACUUGACGUGCAGCACCCUUAUGCUCCACUUUCAUCUGUUCUUGACAAACUAGGACUUUCACAAACUGUUCUUCUUGAUGUGGCCUGGAACUUGGUCAGUGAAGG